AUGCCCUUGCUACAUCUCGGCCAUGUACCACCAACUCUCGAUGAUCAGUCUCUUCCCAAGCAUGGGCUUGUUUCGGUUUAUUGUCGCCACCUUGUUGACGUUUCCCAUCAUUAUCGACGCACAAGUCAACCUGGGAACUCUACCCUUCUUUUCAGCAUUCGGAGAAACGGAGUCAACAGUACUGGCGUGUCGACAGUCUACGGAAAUGUUGGAGUGUUUCCCGGUACGAAUAUAGUCGGGUUUCCUCCUAGCAUUGCCGACGGAUUUUAUACCGUGGUCAAUCUGGAGUCGUUGUCUGCAAAGGUUAGUUUGAUACAGACAAUUCUCGAUUCCAGUGGCCUUAUCCCAUAUACCAUCCUAGCUGGACAGGAGUUGGGUGGCCUGACACUCGGGCCAGGGGUGUAUUUCAGGGGAGGACACUCCGUUACCAACGGUGUCCUGACACUGGAUGGGCAAAGCAAUCCCAACAGCACUUGGGUCUUUCGAAUCAGCGGCCAGUUCCGCCCGUCGGACUUUUCUUCGGUCAUCUUGACGAAUGGAGGUGCGUCCUGCAACGUGUUUUGGUACGUUGGAGAUGCGGCCAUCUUGGGUAUGUCUGUCGAUGUAAAGGGCAAUAUAUUGGUUACAGAAUCCAUCACCGUGGGAUUUAAUGGCAUCAACCGCGGCGGGCUUUACUCGGCGUACGGUACUGUAUCACUUAACUCGAGCGUUGUAUAUCGCUGCGAUCCGCUACCCCCUCCACCAUCAACAACAAUGAACACGCCGAUAAGUACGACAGCGACAGCGACUAUAGACACUACCGUUCUAGUUACUACCGCUACUACAGCUACAGAUACGACAACCAGUGAUGCCACCACGAGCACGGCUACAGACACGAUAACUAGUGGUGCCACCACUACCAUGGCUACGGAAUCCACGACUACUGCAGCUACAGACACGACGACUAGUGAUGCCGCCACUACCACGGCUACGGACCCUACGACCACCAUGGCUGCGUCUACUACGGCCAUGGAUACUACCGCUACGGACACUACAAGCACUACAGCUGCAGAGGUCACAACCGCGGAGACGACUGUUUCAACUGCCACGGCCACUUCUACCACUCUGGCCACGGAUUCUACGGCUACUGCUACCACGGCUGUAGGAACUACAACGGCGGAAACUACUGUCUCGGAUACCACAUCAACGGACACGGCAGGUACAGACAGCACUGCUGCCGCCAUCACGACAUCGGGUACGUCUACUACGGACACCAUGGCGACGGUCACCACGGCCACUACAGCUACCAUGGCGACGGACGCGACGGCUACGACAGGGACCAUGGCAACGGACACGACGGCUACUACAGCUACUACAGCAUCCGGCACUACAUCUGCGGACUCUGUGACUACGACAGAUACGAACACGAUUUCUCCAACCACGACGGCGACGGGCACAACGGUCACCGUCACUACCGAUACAGAUUCGGGAGGCUCUCGUACCAGAACCACUGUUAGUACCCGUACAGACACAACACCUACAACGACAGCUGCGGGCACAGAGACGACAGAGAUCACCAUGGCAAGCACGGACCCAGUACAUACGACAACGAGCACGGAAACAGAGCAGGGUACGACGAGUCAUACUACGAUAGAUACAGGGACGGGAGAUGGCAUAGUAACAAGCACAAACUAUGCGACAACUAGCACUCUUCGCAGCAUCUCGACGUCCGCGAUAUCCUCAAUGGAUGUAGCUACCAGUACUGCCAGCAGCGCCAGUACCCCGACAGAUACCACAACUCCCAGGGCUACCAGCUCCGCCCCUAGCACGACGUGGUCAAGUAAGGAGAUAUCUACUGCGGCGGCCAACAAUGCGACUACAAGCUGCAGCGUGAGCGAAUCGGGGGCCAAAAUUACAAUAACAACCAUUAUCGUGACGACCUUGACCGUAACGUGUCCGGUGGCCCCGACGGUCGUGACAACAUGUGGCCAAGAAUUCCGCAUCGAAUCUCCAGGUGCCAAUGUAUUGGUAGCUACCACCACCGUCACUCUACAGAAGCCGGCCGGCUGCAUCGAGUGUGCCUGGGAGACGCCGACGCAACCUUGGGGUCAGGGCCGACAGCCGCACGAGAAGGGCACGAGCAACAGGGCAUGCCCGACCUGCACGCCCAGCAAGGCGCCGGAGACGACAAAAGUCGAUAAGACGGCAUCGUAUGCGAGGCCGCUAGCAUCAGGGCUCGUGGAACUAUCGGGCCCCGAGGUUGUGGCCGCUGCGUCGAGGACUAUUGGAUUGAGCGGGUACGCCGUUGCAGCCAUCGCUCUGGUUCUGAUGACUAUCUUUUUUGCCUGA